GUCUCUCUCUCGCUGUCUUUCAGGAUAAAGCAUGAUAAUGUGGUGGGACUGGAAGAUUUCUAUGAAACGAGGACACACUAUUACCUGGUCAUGGAGCUGGUGUCGGGCGGAGAGCUCUUCGACCGUAUUCUGGAUCGAGGUGUUUACACGGAGAAAGACGCCAGCCAUGUGAUCAAACAGGUCCUGGAGGCCGUUUCCUACCUGCAUCAGAACAGCAUCGUCCACAGAGACCUGAAGCCUGAGAACCUGCUGUACUACAGUCCAGACGAGAGCGCCAAGAUCAUGAUCAGCGACUUCGGUCUGUCCAAGAUGGCCGAUCACGGCGUGAUGUCCACAGCCUGCGGAACACCAGGAUAUGUUGCUCCGGAGGUUCUGGCUCAGAAACCGUACAGUAAAGCUGUGGACUGCUGGUCUAUCGGCGUCAUAACCUACAUCUUGUUGAGCGGCUACCCGCCGUUUUAUGAGGAGAACGAAACGCGCCUGUUCUCCAAAAUCAUGAAGGCAGAAUACGCCUUCCACUCGCCGUACUGGGACGAAAUCUCUGAGUCAGCAAAGGACUUCAUCAGGCACAUGCUGGAGAAAAACCCUAACAAGCGCUUCACCACCGAACAGGCGCUCGGUCAUCCAUGGAUCAGUGGAGACACGGCACACAAUGACAACAUCGUUCAUUCGGUCUGUGAGCAGAUGCAGAAGAACUUUGCCAAAUCUAAAUGGAAGCGGGUCAUUAACGCGACGGUGGUGGUCAGUCACAUGCGGCGGCUCCAGCUGGCCCACGCUGACCCUCCGGCCCCGGCCCCGCUCAUCCAGGUGCUGGACAUCUCGUCUCCCGGCCCGCCCCCCGACGAGCUGGACACCAAUGGGAACCCCUCGUGCAGUCACAUGACCUUGUCGCCUCAGGGGCGGGGCCCGCUCAAGGCCUGCAACAGCGAGCCGAUGCACUCGCUGGUCAUCUGUGAGACGGGGCAACACGCGUAUCGCUCCGAGUCCGACCUGCCCUGCGCCGCCAACAGAUCGGACAGAGUGACAUGUUGCACAGAUGGGCGGGGCCAGUCCCUGCAGACCGGGGUUUGCUCUGUGAUGUGAUGGGAUGAUUGACAGCUGUCAGUCAAAUGAAAUCCUGCGCUCGUAGGAUGAUCGAGUGUGUGUUUUUCACGGACUUUUCGGGAUCCGUCACGAGCCGAGUGCCAAUCGCACACACGUCUGCGUCUCAAAUCUUCAUCUCUCACUAGCGAAAGUGUAAUUUCGAGGAGUUCGAGAAUGUCUUUUCUUUCAGGGAUUCAGGAUGAGGCAGGUUUAUUGUAUUAUUAUCAUCCGUAUAUUCAUGUACGAUAGUCGUGUUUGGGCCGAUGGCGGUGCAUCAUGGGAAGGGCGGAUCACACGUGCCACUGUUUUACUGUGAACGGCUGCAGGUUUGAGUGCUUUUAAGCUAAGAACUGUGUUUAAAUUCUGAUUUUCUGAUUUUAAACACACCAUUGUAUUCUCUAUAUUCAUGUUUUAUAAAUGCAUAUAAGAUGAUUGUAUCUGAUAUUUAGGGGCUUAUUACUGUAAUCCAUAAACACGCUGCUGUAUGUCUGUAUUAAAAAAACAUAAAAUGAUUUACACACCAACAUAACAUCCUGGAGAAUUCAUCUGUGUUUUAAUGUCAUAUUAAUGGAAUUUUACCUUCAAAAGUUGGCUAUGUUUGGAAUUGCAUGCUAGUAUUCUACUCGUAUGAUAUCGUCUCCACUAUGCAGAAAUUUUUGUGCACAAAAUAUAGACUAAAUUUGUAUAAAAGUGCAGUACUCUGGUGAUAUUUACACAAACGUAGGUUAAAAUAUGAAAUGUAAUAAGCAUAUAAAAUAUAUACCCAAUUUGAUUUGAAUUUUUAGGUGAAGUUGAAUCAUUUUCCUAUGUGCUUUUAUUUUUUAUUUAGCUUUUAGUGAUCUUACUGGUUCAGUGAAUCGAUUCAAUCGAGUCAGCAAAUCGGUUCACUUGAUUCAGUGAUUUGACUCACUCCAUCCACUAUUUGACUCAACAAGUUGUUUCACGACUGAUUCAGUGAGUCAAUUCAUAACUCUGAUUCAGUGAUUCAUUUGCAUCGCCACUCGAAAAUGUUCACUGAAUGAU